AAGCCGGUAAAGUACAGGUACAAAACGUCGGCUGGUAGUCGUGGGAGAUACAUACGUUGUACUUUGGUCGUUUAACUUAUGUUAUUGUGUCAUUGGUAAUAUCGAUAAUAUUUUCUGAUUUGUGAUUUUCUUGCUGGUAAUUUUAAAAGAUGCCAAGGAGCAAUAAAAGGUUUAAAGCAACUGUAGCUGUCACAUAUCAUGAUGAGGAUGGCCAUGUUGAGAGAGAGGAGGUGGAUUUGUCAGAAUUGGUUACUGAGGAUCAUAGAGGAAGCUGUUCUUUUAACAGUCCUGAUAAUUGUGGUACAUUGGAAGGCCAUGAACUGGGAAUGAAACAAGAUAACAGUGAUCUUGAAAGUGAUGUUCACCAUGAUUGUGAAGAAUCAUCUUCUUAUUACCAGAAAGUUGAAAGAAAACAAAAAGCAUGGGAAAAUUUGCAACAUUCAGUUAUAAAGAAUACAUUUCAGUUUGCUGGCAAAAUUGGAGCAAUCUGA